GAUGAUCCAUGCCAUCAAAGAAGCAAUCGUGUGGCUCUCUGCUCUUCUUCCAGCAAACUCCAACUCAAACUCUCCCUACAACUCAAAACAGCUUCUUCUCUUCUCCCUGUUUCUGUUUCUGUUUCUGUUUCUGUUUCUGUUUCGUGUAGAGAGAUGACGUAGUCCAGAAGAAGAAGAAGGGAGUCCGUCGUCUCCUGCUUGUCUUCCCCACAAAAUAAAAAAGACUUGGAGGCCUAGCCGAGCUCCAACAGCAAGGAAGGAUCCCGAUGGCCUCCAACGACGACCCCCCGUCGCAGCAAGGUACGGGCGGCGGCGGCGGCGAGCAGCAGCAGCAGCAGCAGGCGGCCGCCUUGGCCUUCGACGCGCCGACGCCGCCGCAGCCGCUCAGGGAGGACUACGUCCAGAACGCCGUCAAGUUCCUCUCCCACCCCAAGGUCAAAGGCUCCCCCGUCGUCUACAGGCGCUCCUUCCUCGAGAAGAAGGGGCUCACCACCGACGAGAUCGACGAGGCAUUCCGACGGGUACCUGAUCCGCAGCCCACUGCUGCUUCACCGUCAACGCAGACCCAGCCCCCCGCUGCACCUGUCCAGCCUUAUGCAUCAUCGUCUGUGCAACCAGCAGCAGGACCUAUCACUCUCGCUACUGCGCAGCCCAGGUUCAGCUGGUACCGUGCCUUCCUCGCCGCAGGCCUCCUGCUUGGGUUCGGAGCCAGCGCUGCUGUCUUCAUCAAGAAAUUGCUCAUUCCUAGGCUCAAAUCAUGGAUCCGUAAGGUCGUUGCCGAAGGCGACGAGAGUAAUGAGCUCAAGUCCAAGAUUGACGAUGAGACCAAAGAAGCUGUGAAAGCCUCUGCCUCCGCUGUUUCUGCUAUCGCUAAGACUAACCAAGAAUUGCUUGCUUCAAAGGACGAAGAAAAGAAGAUACUUGCAACUUUAACGCAAGCGCUGGAUUCCCAAGCAAAAGUGUUAAAAUCCUUGAGCGAGUCACUGAGUCAUAACAGGGACUCCAUAAAUAUUACCAGGGAGGAUAGGUUUUCGCACUACCGGCCAUUGGAAGAGCCUGUCCCUUCCGCCACAAGGAAUGGGUCUGUUAACAGUCCAUGGAGAGCUCCUCAGCAGCCUAAUAUGUACGGUGUGCCAAAUAGUGACUUCGGCUCAGGGAGGCCUUCGUUUGCGCCAGCCUCUUCUGAACCUAUGCCUGGAUCAUUUUCAAGAUCUUAUGUUGAGCAGACAGUGCAGCGAGGGGAUAGAGCUUCCGGGAGCAAGCCAUGGGAGAUGCAGCAAUAUUCACAGACAAGUCUUGGCUAUGGUUCCAACUCCCACUUGAAUGACGAUGGAUCAUACUCUGAAGCUCAAGAGAACUAUGGCCCUUCGUAUCACCAGAAUGGGAAGGCCCAUUUUCAAGAAGAGGAGCCUAGGCCGUUAGCAUACAGCAGCGGUGUUGAGGAAAGACCACCACCUCAGCGCCGUUGGGUUCCCCCUCAGCCUCCAGGUGUUACCAUGCCAGAAGCGGCAGCCGCCAUACGUCAACCAAAGUCCCUUGCAAAGCAAUCAUCAAGCGAAACAUCUGAGGUGGGUGCUGAAGUGCAGGUGAAUGGUGCCCCAAGUUCGUCUUCUGUUGCCACCGAGUUGCCAGCCAAUGGAGGUGCGGCAAGUGAGGCUGGACGGAGUGAGAUUGAAGAACAAGCAGAAGCCAUCUAAGUAACAGUUGGACCAACCGACCACUGCAAAGCAGUUUAAAGUUUUAAACGAGAUUCUGGUACAUAUGACAGUUUGUCAUAAGUCCAUGAACAAUAUUUGGAUUGCUGCUACAAUUUACAGGGUGACUAAAGGUGGAAUAAAACAUGUGGCACUUAAAAUCUUGAUAUGAGGUUUUGAGUUUAGAUAAACAAGAAACUAUUCUUCUGGUUGUGCCUCUUUGUACAAAUUGUGUGUGGAUCGACGUUUUAGUCACCCAAGGCUCUGUGUAGGGGCAGACUGUCCCUUGUUAUCCAGGUUUUGCCAUUUGAAGGCAGGACCACCAUGUCUUGUUGUGGUUCAGGGGUUUGGCAUGCAUCA